UUUUCUGAAUAUACAGAAUCAUUUCUUGUCAAAUUUCUAUAAUGGUGGAAGCAUUUGCAUUAUACUCACAAACAUAAAGAUAAAUGGAGUGGAAGUUUGUCUUGGGAAAAAUCUUGAUAUGGGUGAUAUUACUGUUGGGGCAGCUACAUGGAUACAAAAGCUGUGUUCAAAAUGAAAGGAGAGCUUUGUUGGAGCUCAAGAAAUACAUAAUCUCAUUUACGGAAGAAGAAGUCGUCUCCGAUUAUGUUCUCCCUACUUGGAUUUACGGCACAAAGAGCGAUUGCUGCCGUUGGGAGGGAGUUAAAUGCAGUCGAACAAGCAAACGGGUGACGGAAAUUGCCUUUGAAACACUGUUCAUCAAACAGAAUUCUCUUCUAAAUCUUUCUUUGUUGCAUCCCUUUGAAGAUGUUCGUAUUCUGAACUUAUCCUUGAGCGAUGAAGGCUACAGCCAAUUCAAUGGCUUUUUUGAUGAUGUUGAAGGUUAUAAUAGCCUAGGGAGAUUAAGAAACCUGGAGAUUCUGGAUCUAUCUUCAAAUAGAUUCAACACCAGCCUCUUUCCCUUUCUUAAUUCUGCUACAUCGCUCAGAACUCUUUUUCUUGGGAAUAACCACGUGAAUGGUCCUCUUCCUGCUAAAGAACUUAAAGAUUUGAUAAACUUGGAAACAUUGGACCUGAGUGAAAACAGAUUUAAUGGUCCCUUACCUGUACAAGAGUUAUCUGUCCUGAGGAAGCUGAAAUCUUUGGAUCUACGUGGUAACUUAUUUUCUUCACCAAUGAGAUCGCAAGGUUAUAAAAGCCUUGGGAGAUUAAGAAACCUGGAAAAACUAGAUCUCUCUGCCAAUGAAUUCAACAACAGCAUAUUUCCAUUUCUUAAUGCUGCUACAUCACUCAAGACUCUGUUUCUUAGCCUCAACUACAUGGCUGGCCCUUUUCCAGCUGAAGAACUUAAAGAGUUGGCAAACUUAGAAGUGCUGGACUUGAGUGAAAACAAUUUUAAUGGCUCCAUACCAAUACGAGAGUUAUCUGCCCUGAGGCAACUGAAAGCUCUAGAUUUAAGUGAUAAUGAGUUUUCUGGCACAUUCCAAGGGAUUUGCGAAAUGAAGAACAUGCAAGAGCUUGAUAUCAGCCAAAACAAACUAGUAGGUCAUAUUCCCUUAUGCUUAACCACUAGCUUGAGUGGACUUAGAGUUCUUGAUCUCUCGUCAAACCAAUUGAGUGGGAAUAUACCAUAUGCUCUUGGUAAACUUGAAUCCCUAGAGUAUUUAUCGUUGUUUGAUAACAACUUUGAAGGAUUCUUCUCACUUGCUUCACUUGCAAACCUCUCUGAGCUGAGAGUCUUCAAACUUGAUUCAAAAUCGGGAUUGCUUCGAGUAGAGUCUGAAAGUUCUUGGCAGCCAAAAUUUCAGCUGAAUAUUAUUCAACUACCAUCUUGCAACUUGGUAAAGGUUCCUUAUUUUCUAUUAUACCAGAAGGAUUUGAUUCAAGCUGAUCUUUCCGACAAUAAAAUUGCUGGAGUUUUCCCUCAGUGGCUAUUGGCAAACAAUACGAAACUCGAAGUUUUGUUUCUACAGAAUAAUCUCUUUACGAGAUUUCAGCUGCCGAAAUCUGCUCAUGGUCUUCUUUUAUUGGAUGUGUCUGAUAAUAAAUUCAGUAACAUGCUUCCUGAAAACAUUGGGAGGAUACUUCCUCAUUUAGGGUAUAUGAAACUAGCUAAUAACAGUUUUCAAGGAAAUCUGCCAUCUUCACUAGGCAACAUGAGAGGUGUGGAAUAUCUGGAUCUAUCUCACAACAGCUUCCAUGGGAAGCUACCAAGAAGUUUUGUAAUGGGUUGUUAUUCCUUGGUUAUAUUGACCCUAUCACAUAACAAACUAAGUGGAGAAGCGUUUCCGGAAUCAGUAAACCUUACUGAGGUAACAGAGUUGUCUAUGGAUAACAAUCUGUUUACAGGAGAGAUUGGACAAGGUUUUAAGUAUUUGGAUAGCUUGCAAUUGCUUGACAUUUCAAACAACAAUCUCACAGGUGUUAUUCCAAGCUGGAUUGGCGAACUUUCACUCUUAACUGUGCUGCUCCUCUCAAACAAUAUGCUGGAAGGUGAGAUACCUAUUUCCUUGUUCAACAAUAUUUACAGUAGUCUUUCUUUACUGGACCUCUCUGCAAACAUUUUAUCUGGUGACAUACAUCUACAAGCCGGUUCGAGAAUGCCAGAAGUAUUAUUCUUGCAAGAUAAUCAUUUAUCCGGUGUUAUUCCAGACACAUUGUUAACAAAUGUUUAUAUACUUGAUUUGAGAAAUAACAGAUUUUCUGGGAAUAUUCCGCAGCUCAUCAACACCAGAAACACUCAUACUCUUCUGCUUAGGGGAAAUAAUUUAACUGGAAAUAUUCCUCGCCAGUUUUGUGGUCUAAGGAACAUUCAACUUCUGGAUCUUGCCAACAACAUGUUGACCGGAACCAUACCUUCCUGCUUCACCAAUACUUCAUUUGGUUUUGGGAAAGAGGAUGCAUUAUAUGAUUAUGAUGAUGUUAAUAUUGUCGUGACUUCUCUUAGGUUAAAUGGGCUUUCUCUGCUUAAAGAUCUCAAUUAUCUUAUUGCGACUACAAAUGUUCCAUUUAAGAUGGAUUACUGGUCAUAUCCCCAUAUUAAAAUUGAAUUUGCAACAAAGCACCGGUAUGAUGCCUACGUUGGUGGGAAUCUCGGAUUAUUGUUUGGAAUGGAUCUUUCAGAAAAUGAGCUCAGUGGUGAGAUCCCAGCAGAUCUUGGAGGUCUUGUAGAGCUACAAUCUCUUAAUCUUUCUCACAAUAAAUUAUCAGGAGCGAUACCAGAGAGCUUUUCAGGUCUCAAGAAUGUGGAGAGUCUUGAUCUUUCUUUCAACAGAUUGCAAAGCUGGAUCCCAUCAAAACUAGCUGAGCUGAGCAACCUAGCUGUUUUCAAUGUCUCAUUCAACAACUUAUCAGGAAUCAUUCCAAAAGGAAAACAGUUUAAUACCUUCGACACACAAAGCUUCUUAGGUAAUCCUCUUCUCUGUGGACAACCAACUAACGUAAGCUGCAACAUCAACAAUAACUUUAAAGAACCAGAUAAUGGAGUGCAUGACGACAAUGAGAGUCAAAUCGACAUGGUAUCUUUCUAUUGGAGUUUUGCUGUAGCUUAUGUGACAAUAUUACUCGGAAUAUUCUCAUCUCUCUCUUUUGAAUCUCCUUGGAGAAGAUUCUGGUUCGAAGUCGUUGAUGUUUUCAUCCACAAGGCGAGGUAUGUGUGGUCGUAAAACUAUUGUUGGUGCAAAAUCCAUUAAUGUGCCCCAUAUGUUGUUCUGCUUUGUUUCACAUAACCUGUGUACUAUCCUUGUCUUCGAAUAUAUGCAAGGUCUAAACAUA